AUGCGUUUCUCGUCCACCGCUAUUGCUGCCGGCGCUCUCGCCACGGGCGCCGCGGCCGACAAGAACUACCUGGGCUUCAACACGGGCGCCCUCUUUGACGACAACUCGGUCAAGCACAAGGCCGAUUUCGCGGGCGAGUUCAAGACUGCCCAGAACCUCGUCAACGCCCCUGGCGACUUCAACGCGGCUCGCCUUUACACCAACAUCCAGGGCUCCACCGACGUCGACCCCAUCGAGGCCUUCGAGGCCGCCAUCGACACCCAGACCCACCUGCUGCUCGGCGUCUGGGCCUCGGGCACCGACAGCAUCGAGAAGGAGAUCACGGCCCUGACCACCGCCGUCAAUAACCACGGCACUGCCUUCACCGACCUCGUCAUCGGCAUCUCCAUCGGCAGCGAGGACCUCUACCGCGACGGCGCGACGGGCAGGAAGAACGACGCGGGCACGGGCGCCGGCCCGGACGUCAUCCUCGGUUUCAUGUCCGACUUCAAGAAAGCCUUCGCCAAUACCCCGCUGUCCAGCAUCCCCGUGGGCCACGUCGACACGUGGGACGCGUGGUCCAACUCUAGCGCCAAGGCCGUCAUCGAGGCCGCAGACUUCAUCGGCGUCAACGAGUUCCCCUACUACGAGACGGGCCAGGGCAACAGCAUCAAGAACGCUGCCGCCCUCUUCGACCGCGCCUACGACACCGUCCUGGCCGUCGCCGGCAAGACCCCAGUCUGGGUGACCGAGACCGGCUGGCCUUACGUCGGCGAGACCUGGGACGAGGCCGCCGCCACCGUCAGCAACGCCAAGACCUACUGGGACGAGGUCGGCUGCCGCAAGCUCUUCGGCCAGACCACCGCCUUCUGGUACACGCUGCAGGACGCCAACUCGGCCAACGAGAUGAAGUUCGGCAUCACCGACGCGCUCAGCACCAAGGCCCGCUUCGACCUCUCCUGCCCCAAAGAGAACUCCACCAGCUCUUCUUCCGCGUCCGCGUCCGCCUCUAGCAAGCCUACCUCCACCCUCAAGUCCGGAUCUGCUUCCGCUACGGGCUUCUCCAACGGCACUAUGAGCGCCAGCGCCACCCCGACUAGUAGUUCGACCUCCGGCUCCAGCUCCAGCUCCGGCUCCGGCUCUGGAUCUGGCUCUGGUUCCGGCUCCGGUACCUCCUCCAGCCCUGCGGCCAGCUCCAGCGUCGCUACUGGCGCCGCCGUCGCCGCCGUCCAGAAGUUCUCCUCUUUCGUCUACGCCGCCUUGGCUCUGGCUGGCGGAGCCUUCUAUCUCAUCUAA